AUGCCGCAGCGGGUGGAGGUAGAAUGGAGGCAGGGUUUUGCAUCACGGGUUUUCGAGUGGCGGCGGGGACACGCAGACCGGCAGCACUCGCAGCAGCAGGCCAUGCGAUACUUCCAAAGGGCCCCGCUCUCCUCCGUGCAGCGGCCCCGAGGGGAGCUGCCUCGUAAAUCAAAUCCCAGGCUCAAAACCAACGGCCUUGUGCUCGCGGAUUCAGUGGCCAGGGCGGCAGCCGAGGGCAUGGAGGCUGAGCCGGCAGAACCGGCGCCCGAGGGCGGCCUCUCCUCGCCACGACAGGACCAGGUUGAAGCGGAGGUGGUGGCACUCAUGUCCGAGCACUCGGAUGUACCAGAGCCAGUGACUCUGGCAGCGCCGGAGGAGCUGCCCGCGGCGGCCUCCGCGGAGGAGGCCUACAUGGAUGAGCCCCAUCCAGCAGCGGCAACAGAGAUAGCAAGUCCGCGCCUGCCGGCACAGGACGAUGGCACGGUUGGGGAUGACAGGACAGCCCGGGCAGAUGUUGCAGACCCUGCUGCUCUGCUGCCGCAGGCCAGCCAGGCCGGCAUCGGCAGCGCUGCAGCGCUGGACACAUCCGGCGCGGCUUUGAUGGAGGACAUGUUUGCCCAGCUAGGCCUGGAGGAGCUGCCAGAGGGCGGUACAGAGCCGCAGCAAGCAGAGCCGCAGGCGGCAGAGGAAGCGGCAGAGGACGUGGAGGCCGCCGCAACCCCAGCUGCCGAUUGCGAGGCCACAGAUGCACUGGUGUUUCCGCCAGUGCCAGCAGCAGAAGGCAGCCAAGGCGGUGCUGAGGAGGGUGCUGAUCGGGAUGGAGCUGAGGUGGAGGUGGAGGAGGAGGAGCUGCUCGCCGAGCCACUGCCAGAGGCAGCUGACAUGGCAGAGUUGAUCAUCGAUGCUGCCGACCCCACGGCUGCUUCGCCAGAUGCGCCCGCUGAGGCGGGCCUGGCGGAUGCAGCUGCCACAGCAGCAGAUGCAGAGGGUGCCGCUGCUGCAGAGCUGGCUGCCGCACCAGAAGAAGCUGGCCUGCCAGCAGGUGGCAGCACCGUGGCAGAUGAGGAGCCCGAGGCAGCCGCCGCUGCUCCUUUUGCGGCAGAGCAGGCCGGCAUGGAUGACAGCCUGGCCCAGCCUGAGCGCGAUGGUGCGGCAGCGGAGGUGGAGGCGGCAGAACAGCAGGCAGCGCUGCCUGCCCUGGAGCGCGGGGAGGGCGCGGCUGCCUCCUCCGCGCUGGAGAGCGUUGCCAGCGCGGCUCUGGAGAGCCUGCCCACCUGCAUCGGGCCUGGCGACCCGCCCGGCGGCGGUGCGGCAGAUGCCUACAGCGAGCUGUUCCAGCGUGAGGUGUCUGCCAAGCUGCUGGAGGUGCUGUCCCAGGAGCAGCUGCAGGAGCAGGAGGAGGCUCUGGCCGACGACGGCAGCACCUCUGAGCCUGGCGGCGAGCUGCCAGCGGUGGCCGACCUGCCGCCAUCGCUGCCACUGGCUGCCGAGGCUGACUGUGCCAGCCCAGCGGAGCCGGGCGCCUCACCAGACCCUCCUGCGUGCCUGCUCAAGUGGGCGCCCCCAGCCGCCAAGCAUGGCAGGAAGGGCCACGGCCUGCUGCCUGCCGCCUCGACCUCCCCCGGCGGCGCUGCAGGGCAGUCGGGGCCCAAGUCCCCCAGCCACCGCAUGGCACCCAUGGGGCAGCGCAGCCCGCACAGCACGCACAGCCCGCCUGCCGCCCCGACAGCUCGCAGCCCGCCUGCGGGUCGCAGCCCCGCCAUCAAGAUGCCGCCCCUCAACCGCACCGGACCCGCGGCCUCCACCAGCAAGAGCGGUGGCGCCGGCGGCAGCCCUGGAGCUGUUGUCCCGGCCCGGCGGCUCAGCAAGCCCAGCAUGAAUGAGGUCCUGGCAGCUGCCAGCAGUGCCAAGGGCAGCCAUGGCGGCAAGGCAAAAGGCGCUGGCGUGCCCAAGCAGCUGAGUAUGGCGCCGCCGCCCGCACAGGGCCAGGCGCCCCGGCAGCUGUUGGGUGCUGGCGCGGUGCCUGCUGCAUUCCCAGCGCUGGCCACUGCGCCGCCAGAGUCGCUGCUUCACUGGAGCAGGCGUGCCGCGGUGGCGGCCCCGGCACAGGGGCCUCCUACUGGCUGGUUCCCGGCUGGGCCCCUGGCCGGUCCUGGCUUCCCCGGUCCCCCACCUGGCCUUGCCCUGCUGCCAGGCCUGCUGCCUUCAGGCCUCAUGGUGCCAGGCCAGGCCGGCCCGCCACAAGGAGCAGCCAGCCGCGACCCCACCCUGCCAUCAGAGGCAGCGGAGCCCUCGGCACCAGCCAAACCCGAUGGGCCCGACCCGGCAGGAGAGGCGGCAGCUGAGGCCACAGCCGAUGAUGCCGCAUCUGCUCCGCCUGCUGAUGAGCUGGGCCUGCCGGGCGAGGGCCAGCGGCAGCAGGAUGCAGGCAGGGAGCCUGGCCACCCAUACUCACCCGCCGCUGGUCAGCCUGCGGCAGCCAGCGCUCCCCAGGCCAUUCCUGGCAUGCCGCAGGAGCAGGCCGUGGAUGUGGCCUCUAGCUGGCCGCCCUAUGAGGGCGCCAAGCUGCCACCGUUGUACCAGGACCAAGUGAGCGCCACCGCCGGCCUCAUCCCUGCCGUUCACUCCGCUGCCAGCUUCUCAGUGUCCCCCAACCGGCACGCCGGCAUGCCGCGUGCCUGGCGCCAGGCGCCGCAGCAGGCCCCGCCCGGCUACUAUGCCAUGCCGGCCGCAGGCAUGCCGCCAGGGGCGGCGGCGGCGAUAGCGCCUCAGCAGUGGGGCGGCUACGUGCCGGCCGCCGGCUCGCUGUCGGAGCAGCAGCAGCAGGCGCUGUACUACCAGCAACAGUACCAGUUCUUCCAGCAGCAGUACCAACAGCAGUACCAGGCGGAGUACCAGGCUCUCCAGCAGCUGCUGCAGCAGCAGCAGCAGGACCUGCACCCCGACGAGCCCUACUUCAUCCGCGAGCCCAUCCCCCAGGUGUUCCACGGCGUGGCGGCGCGCAGCAUCCGCAAGCCAGACCGGUACCAGGGCGAUGGGCGCCCCGCGUGGAGCGUCAACUGGGUGCAACUGCACGGACUGCUGACAAGCGAGAACCGCACGGGCGUGCUGCGGACAGCGGGCCGCGCCGGCAGCGAGGUGAUGCUGGUGCCGCUGAUGGCGGCCGCCGCAGGCGGCGGUCCGCCCCAGCCCAUCUUUGCAGGCUUUGCGGCCUCCCUGCUGGCCGGAGACUUUGUGAAGGAGCUGCUGCUGACCAUGCGGCUGCCGCUGGUGUUUGACCUGGAUGAGACGCUGCUGGUGGCCAAGAGCCAGAGCCAGAUGGCCAAGGAGCUCAAGGCGCUGCGGGACGUCAGGCGCCCCCACCUGCACCGCGCAACCAGCGACCCGCAGCAGGCGCUCAAGCUGGCGGCUCUGGACCGGGAGGAGCAGCUGAUGCAGGAGGACCUGGCGCUGCUGCAGCAGUUUGCGGAGGGCGAUGCGGUGACGUACCAGGGGCAGCGCCUGGCCGCGCAGGUUGAGUCGGCUCAUGGCGACGACAUGGGGCUCAUCCGCCGCCCCGUCAUCCGCCUGCCCGGCAACGAAGACACGCUGCUGACGCGCAUCGAGCCCGGCAACCCGCACUCCAGCAUGGUCUUUAAGCUGCGGCCCAACUGGCGCGCCAUCUGGGGCUACCUGGGCGGCCUGAUGGACCCCCGCACACACCAGCCAGUCUCCUCCUCGCCGCCCUCCGCCAAGCUGCGGUUUGAGACGUAUGUGUGCACCGCAGCGGAGCGCGGGUAUGCUCUGGAGGCGUGGCGUGUGCUGGACCCAGAUGGAUGGAUGAUGCCGCCCGCAGAGCGCCAGCGCCGCCUGCACUCUGGCAGCAAGCAGAAGAGCCUGGGCGCGGUGCUGCAGCUGGGGCGGGGGCCGCCGCCGGGGCCCGGGGGCGCCCCCGCCAGCCCCAUGCCGCUGGCCGUCAUCGUGGACGAUCGGGUGGAGAUCUGGGAUGCCACCAACCGGGGCCAGGUGCUGCAGGUGGAGCCCUUCCGUCCCUGGGAGGAGCAGGCGGCGCAGGACCUGGGCCUGGCUGACACGCCCACCACUCAGUCGCUGGGCGCGCAGAUGAUCCGGCUCAAGGAGGAGCUGUUCAAUCUGCGCAGCCACGCCUUCCACCGCGUGCAGGAGGUGCUCAGGCGCCAGCUGGAGCUGCUGCGCCAGCAGCCGCUCAGCCUGUCGGCGCCGCUGCAUGUGGCGUAUGCCGCCGCGCUGGCGCCGCCGCCCUGGGUGGAGUCUCUGAUGGCGGCGGGCAUGCACAGGGUGGCGCAGCCUGAGGCGCUGCCCGCCUCGCUGCAGGCCGCCAUGGAGCGGCCGGUGGACCCGCGCCAGCUGCGCCGCCAGCAGCAGCAGGCGCAGCAGCAGGCGCAGCAGCAGCAGGCGGCGCCGCAGCAGGCGCUGCCGCCCGGGCAGCCGCUUCCACUGGCGGAGCUGUCGGGGCAGGCGGGGGUGGAGCUUCUGGCCAGUCUGCAGGGCCUGCUUGGGUUGCAGCCGCCGGGGCAGCAGGCACAGCAGGUGCAGCAGCAGCAGGGCAUGGCUCCCCAGCUAGGGGCCGUGCCGGUCGACCCUCGCCAGCACCAGCACCAGCAGCACCUGCAGCAGCAGCAGGCGAUGCAGCAGCCGCCGCCCCAGGCGAUGCAGCAGCAGCAGCCGCAGCAGCCCCAGGCGAUGCAGCCACAGCGGCCGCAGCGGCAGCGGCCCGGCAAGAUGGCGGGCCCGGCGGCGGGGCCAGAGGCGGCGGCGCCUGGGCCCGGUGUGGCGCUGCUGCAGCAGCAGGCGGCGGCCGACCCGCGGCGCCGGCCCGGGCUGCCAGCCGCGGGCGGCGUGGCUGCCGCCAACGCCGGCACUCUGUCCGAGGUCCUAGGCAUGCUUCCCUCGACGGCGGCGCUGCCGCAGCAGCCCGGCAUGGCAGGCAGGGCGCGGCCGCCUCCCAUGGUGAAGCGUCUGGUCGGCCUGCACGGCCCGGCGCCCAGGGGGCAGCAGCAGCAGCAACCGCAGCAGCAGCAGCAGCAGCAGCAGCAGGCGCUCCCGCCGCGCAUGCAGGCGCCGGAGCGGGUGCCCACGCCGCCGGCUGCCCGCAUGCAGGCGCCGCCCGCGGCGCUGGCGCAGCAGCAGUCGGCGUGGGGCACUGCCAGCGCCGCCAUGCCAUCGGGGCCCAUGCUGCCACACAUGGUGGGGAUGGCUGUGCCCGUGGCGCCAGGCGGCGGCCAGGCGCCGCGCCCCAUGCAGCGCAUGCAGCCAGCCGCCAUGGCCGCGCCCCAGCCGCAGCAGCAGCAGCUGCCGCCGCCGCCGGGCGCUGGCGGCGGCGGCGACGAGAUGCGGCAGCGCUGGAUGGAAACUUUCAACAGCAUGGGGCCGGGGCAGGGGCCGGGGCAGGGGCCGAUGGUGGCAGCUGCGCUGCUGCGCCCCAUGCACCGCGCCCCGGCGGCGGCGCAGGCGGAGCAGCAGGCGGGGUCGAAGCGCAAAGCGUCUGACGGCAGCAAGGGGGAUGGGCGGUACAAGCAGGCGCGGUACGACCAGCAGCGGCCGCCGCCGCAGCAGCAGCAGCAGCAGGCGCCCGGGCUGGCCCUGGGCCCGCCAGGCGGCAACGGCCAGGAUGCCGUGGCUCGCCUGUACGAGGCAACUGAGCGGCAGCAGGCGCGGCUGCAGUGGCAGUGCAGCCAGCAGCCCGACGGAAGCUGGCGGGCGGCUGCCUAUGUGGGCACCUGGCCCGCCGACUUCCCACCACCGUCUGAGCCGCCCGCGGGGCUCGCCGCCGGGCCCACCCAGCAUGGCGCGAUGCAAGCGGCGGCGGCCGCCGCGCUGCUGCGCCUGAAUGCGCCCCCCGGCGGCGCCGGCAGGGGCGGCAUGCCAGCUGCGCCGCAGCAGCAGCUGCAGCAGCAGUACGGCAUGGCACAGCCCGCCCCCUACGCCGCGGCAGCAGGCGGCGGCGGCGGCGGCGGCGGCGUGACCAGCAGGCAAGUCACGGGUCCUUGUUACCGCUCAGCACUGCGCCAGCCUGCCAGAUCUUGGCAUGCUCGCUGCUGGCACGACCGCGCGACUGACCUGCCUCCCUGCCUUCCAUGCCUUCAGGAACGCAAUAGACACGCUGAUUGGCCACUUCCCCGCCGCCACCAACCGCAUCGAGUGGCAAGAGCAGCCUCAGGGCCCCGACGGGCGCUGAGGUGGCAGUGUGGGUGUGCGGUACGAUGCAGGAGCUGGCGGUACCGCCUGGUCAUCAACGGCGGCGAGUUUGAGGCGGUGGGCAGCGGCCCGCCGGGCCCCCGCGGCGAGAAGCGGGCGCUGCAGAAUGCGGCGCUGCUGGUGCUGCAGGCCGCAGGCUACUCAGUCACCUUUGAGAACCCGGGGGCGCCCCCCGGUGCUGGCCCCGCCGGCGGCGGCUUCCCCGGCCGCGGCGGCGCCCCCGCGGGCGGCCGCGCCGGCGGCAGGGGCGGGCGUGCCGGCGGCGGCGGCCCGCCGCAGACCCGCGGCGAGCGCUACGCCGGGCGUUCGCUGGACAGCCGCCACGCAGCGGCGGCGGCGGCGGCGCAGCAGCAGCAGGGCAUGUCUCGGGACGCCUACUUAGCUUCUCUACACGACGAGCUGGCCUGA